AUGGCCACAGUGCAGGACGAAAAACACUUCGGAGAGUUCUUCAUCGAAUGGCCUAUAUGGGCGCGAUUGACAUUGGCAAACCAGGUUUUCGUUCUCUGUACUGCGUUCUUGAUCAAACUCGUGCUAUGGCUCAGAGACAAGCGACUCGAGUCCAACACCCCUUCGGAGACAGCCGAGAGGGGGGAAAUGUCUUUAGUUGGCCGGCACUCGGACGAAGUCCCCUUUGGAAUCAAUGCCCUGAUUGAAGAUACCGAAGUUGACGGUGUCUGGAACUCUAAAGCCAGCACUGCAUUUCACGGCAAGAGACAGAAAACCAGGUCAGCAUCAACGUUGCGGCCUGGUACUGCGACUUUCAAAAAGUUGAAGAAGAACCCCUCAGUGUCCUCCGCAUCAACGCUCGACAUGGCUGACACAGGAGUUGCCUCACCAGAAGAACUGACACCUUUCACAAUCCCUUCCACAGUCUCCGAGUUCUCCUCUGAACCCAGACCAGUCAAGAGAAAAGGCAAAUCCGUGGUCAUAAAUUACAAAAGACCUGACGUGAGCCCAGCACCAGGACAAGAGGCGGACGAGAUCGUUUCAGCUCUCAACAAUCCAGCAAUGGCUCAAGAAAUCAACACAACUUGCCCUAGGCUACAAUUGCGUCCUCUCCGUCAUCGGCCGUCGACUAGGAAAUUUACAUUGAGCAAUAGAUCCAAGGCUCUUUCUCACUCACGCUCCUAUGUACAAUCUGAAGACGUCAAUAUCCUCGAAGUCAUGGAGGCUCAUCGGAGGUUUCACGCAGCAGAAAGUGGUCAGUUGGUUCCGCGUGGCCGACGCCAUACAGAUAUUGUACUCACAACACCCCUUGCACCUUCAACUUCAGAUAGUGAUGAUAGCGACUCUGCUUCCUCACGUGCCUUAUCAUGGCCCACAAGAACUGUCGAAAUACACUUGGGAAAACAGCUGUCACGCCGAGCUCAAAGAAUGGAAGGUCCAAAACCCAUUCCAUUCCGUGCCUUUGUCGAAUCACUCCCUCCAGCUCGACCUCCACCAUCGGCAUGGACUGAGAAGACUCAAGCAAUGGUGGACGCUAAGAAGCCACCAUCUUCUCGAGGCAGUGACUCAACAUCAAUGUCCUCAAAGCACACUCCCACAUCAUCAACUAGCUCAGCGACCACCGCGACUCCUGUAUCUCCCACAGAACCCAUCUCAAUUGCUAAUACUCGAGCUCGCAAGGUGAACAACGGGUUCGAAUUGCUCCCAGCAGGAACGCUACAGAAAGGACCCGUGGUCAAGGAGUUUGGACUGUGGCCUGCCCCCUCUUUGUCAGCCAACAAGAAAAGCAAGCUUCGAAAGCGUGCUCGGUCCAACUCUGGAAACGGGAGAGAUUCAUCUGACAGUCAACGAUUGGGCCAUGAUAGUUAUCGAGUGCCAAUAUUUUGACGUCUCGUGUUUGUGCCAGGACUCACAGAGUAAUGUAAUGGUGUCAGGGAUUUGGGACCACAGCAGGUUUAUACAACAUGACAGGAUGCAGAUAAGAGAACCCCCAGCGAGCGUCGGGAGUC